ACAUCCGGGUAACAUUACAGUUGGAGCUUGUGAAUGCAGUGGUCAUAGAAGUAAGAAGACUCUGAGCAGAGUUCUGUGAUGUUUCGUUCACGCUGACAGCCUGCAGUUCACAGCUACAGUAGGCAUGCCCACGCGUGCUUUAUAGUAACAGUAUAGCCUCCAACCUGUGGAAAAGAAUGCUUCUGUCAGUGAUUAGCUAGCCUCAGUUAGCAACACUGUUUACAUCCAGAGCAGCCAAACGUAAAUCUGGAAGCUGUUUAACCAGGAAGGGAUGCCACCUUUAGCUGGAGCCGAGUUGGUCCACACUCCAUUGCAGCUGUAUCGAUACCUGCUCAGGUGCUGCAGGCAGUUACCAUCCACAGCGAUGCAGCAACACUAUCGACAUGCCAUAAGACAGGGUUACAACAGCCACUCAGAUGAAGACGACCCUGAGAGGAUACAGAUGAUCAUCCAGAGAGCGAUUGCAGAUGCUGACUGGAUUCUCGAUAAAUAUACCAAGAAGAAAUGAGAGCGUGUCCACGGUGGUGCAUUUUGCAGGGCUGUCCUGGAGUCACACUGCUUCCUCGGGCUGCGUAUGUAAUGACGUAGAAGCAAAACUGAAGGGGACCACAUACGCCUACAAGGGUUCUAGAUUAUCUUCCAUGCUGAAGAAGAAGGAGGAGGACAUGGAAGAUGGCAGCAAGUACAGCUGCUACCAUAUCUCUGCCUGUACUUGUUAAUAGUAAAAGUCUGCAUCAUGGAGAAAAACAAACAAAUCAACACAUCGAGCUGUGUGCACACCUUCAAAUCUCACGUCUGUUGUUUGGACACGUUUGACUUUAGUAAAGACGACUUCAAACAAAGAGGAGUAAAACAUUUCAUCAUCCAACAAUAAUGCUACAAAUCUGUUGCAACACUUGGAGGACAAUUGUGUCACCAAUUAAAAAUAUCCCACCUUUAACAGUUCACAUAUUUACAGUACGACCUGACUGCACGGGGUUAUGGGGUGUUGUGUGUCGAAAUUUGAAGUGAAAAAUGAAUCUAGUUUGGAAAAAGGCUGGAACAUGACAAAACGUGGGACAAGUGAAGCGCUGUGAAUACGUUCUUGUUGCACUCUGUGUAUAAAAUUAUUCAGUAGUUGUAAUAAAGAUAAAACGAGUUCAUUGUGAUUUUCAUCUGAGGUCACGUCACCCAGCCCUAGUCUAAACUGUAACUAACAUUACUCUGUAGUAAUGUUAGUGGUCAUGAGAUCCAUUAUACAGUCUGUGAGCUACAGUCAGUGUACUGUACACAGUGGUGAUGGACAUGUUUGAAAAAGCAGACAGUGUAAUAUAAUGUACUCCUAUUGAUGGUGUCAACAACAAAAUCAAUGUUAAUCACCUAAAAGAAACUUUAGCUGUCAGGCUGCCCUUUCAGACUUCCUGGAUUAGAUCCUAAAGGCCUGUUUCAGCAGAUUUACAGGUCAAUGUCUAAUCAGUGGUUGGACGAAUAGAAAAGCUGCUCUGAUGUUGCAUCACUGGAGGGUGUACGAUCCAGGAUCGCAGGGGAAGAGAAGCAAAGAUAUUUCUCUUUUCUUUUAGUAAAUGAGGAUUUUCAAGUGUUGCUAUUUAAGUACUGAAAGAAGAAAAAGAACUGACUCAAGAUCAGAUUUCAGCCACAGUUUGUCACAACCAGUUGGAAGGAGUUUAGGUGACUCCAUCCGUAGACCUACAGUAUAUAAAGCACACGUGAACUGUCCUCUGCAGUUUCAGGCUCGUGACAUGCUUUGAAUGUUCUUUCCUAUGUGAGGUCAAACAAUGCCAGAAUAUUUGCAUAUCAAGUAAUCUUUAUUAACACAAUACUUAAUAGCACAUUGUUAAACUUUGCUCACACACCUCUUCUACAGCUUGGAGGCAAAGGUGAUACUUUUGUGCAACAUACAGUAUUCAAGUAUAACCAUUUUUCUCAAAUGAAUGCUGGAUAACAAGGAUACACAUACGAGAAAACAAUGAGGAGAAUGUUUCUUAUGUACUGGCUGCACCAACCAAUGGAAUAAAACAAAAACAUCCUGA